GCCUUCCGAGGGAGGGGGCGCGGUGCUGAGGAGUCCGGCGCUCCCUCAGGCCGCGGACGCGAUGCUGCUGGCUGCUUCGGCUCGGGCGGCGGAGCUGACCGGGACGUGACGGGCGCGGGCGGGGAGGGAGGCCUGUGGCUUCACUUUCUGUCCUUUGCGUCCGAAGGUCGCUUCGCUGGGCGAACCAACGCCGAGGCCGCGGUCGAGGAGGCAGCGCGACCUCCGCAGGAUUCUGUCACAAUUUAAGAACAGAUGUACCUUAUAGCUCAUGGAAGAGAAGACACAAAUCAAGACAUUUUUGGGUUCCAAGUUGCCAAAAUAUGGUGCAAAAUCUGUAAGAAGUACACUGAAGCCGAUGCCCAAUGGGACAGCUGUUACUCUAUUAGGAACGUCCAAGGGUAGUAACGUCAAAAGUUAUAUAAAAAAUAAUGGCUCUGAUUGUUCAUUGUCUCAUUCCUUUAAUUGGAGAAAAGCAAAUAAAUACCAACUUAGUGCACAAACUGUUGAAGAACCUAACAAUACUCAACAUUCACAUGAUAAACUAAUUGAUCCUGAAAAACAUGCUUCUACUCAAGGAAUGUUGGAUAAAAAUGGGGUAAAGGGAGGUUUAAAAAGCAUUCCUUUGUUCACAUCAAAGUUAACAAGGCCAUCCACUAUGUUUGUAUCGUCUACAGAGGAGGUAAACCAAAAGUCUUUUUCUGGACCAUCUAAUUUGGGUAAAUUCGCCAAAGGCACAUUACUAGGAAGGACUUCAUAUUCUUCAGUCAGUGCUCAAAAAUCUCAGUUGAAUGGGUUUUAUGGAAAUCGAUCAGCUGGUAGCAUGCAGAGGCCCAGAGCAAAUUCCUGUGCCACUCGAAGUAGUUCUGGAGAAAGCUUAGCACAGUCCCCAGACAAUAUUAAGUCUAUGGCUUGUGAAAGAAUGGUAAGGUCACAGAGUUUUUCACAUUCCAUUCAGAAUUCAUUCCUUCCCCCUUCAUCUAUAACCAGAUCACAUUCCUUCAAUAGAGCUGUUGAUCUUACAAAGCCUUAUCAGAACCAGCAGCUACCCAUUAGAGUGCCUCUUCGGUCAAGUAUGCUAACAAGAAGUUCUCGGCAUUUGGAAGUACUCAAUGGGAAUGAACAUUUGGGGUAUGGAUUUAAUAGGCCUUAUGCUGCUGGUGGAAAGAAAUUGGCUUUAGCAAAUGGUCCAGGUGUAACUUCUACUUUGGGUUAUAGGAUGGUUCACCCUUCUCUACUGAAAUCCAGCCGACCUCCAUUUUCUGGGACUAUCACAAUUGAUGGUAAUAAGAAUUCAUCUCCUGACACAUGUGUAGAGGAAGAGGCUACAGUUUUAGUUAAGGACAAUACUAUCAAUAAGGACCAAGAAGUAGUUGAAAAUGAAAGUUAUAGAAGAGAAAAUGACCAGACCAUGAAACAUGAUACUAAAAUUAGAUACCUGAGUGAUGAUGUGGAUGAUAUUUCCUUGUCUUCUUUGUCAUCUUCUGAUAAGAAUGAUUUAAGUGAAGAUUUCAGUGAUGAUUUUAUUGAUAUAGAAGACUCCAACAGAACUAGAAUAACUCCAGAGGAAAUAUCUCUCAAAGAAGAAAAACAUGAAAAUGGACCUUUGAAGGAUACAUUUGAUUCCCCCAAGGAAAAUGAAAAAGCCUUUUGUAAAACUGACGAAUGGAUAGAUUUAAGUGUUUCUGAUAGGAGUGAAUAUACAAAACAUACUUCUGGAAAUAACUUGAUUUCACCAGAUGCGGAUUACAGAGCUGGUUCUUCAUUUGAACUCUCCCCAUCGGAUAGUUCUGAUGGAACAUACAUGUGGGAUGAAGAGGGCUUGGAACCCAUUGGAAAUGUGCAUCCAGUUGGCAGCUAUGAGUCUUCUGAAAUGAACAGCAUAGAUAUUCUGAAUAAUCUUGAAUCAUGUGACCUUGAGGAUGAUGACCUUAUGCUUGAUGUGGAUCUGCCUGAGGAUGCACCUCUUGAAAAUGUGGAGUGUGACAAUAUGAACCGCUUUGACCGAUCAGACAGAAAUGUUCGGCAGUCUCAAGAAGGAUUUUGGAAAAGGCCACCUCAGAGGUGGGUUGGACAAGAACAUUACCAUCUCAGCCAUCCUGACCACUAUCAUCACCAUGGGAAAAGUGACCUGAGCAGAGGCUCUCCUUAUAGAGAAUCUCCUUUGGGUCAUUUUGAAAGCUAUGGAGGGACCCCCUUUUUUCAGUCCCAGAAGAUGUUUGUAGAUGUGCCAGAAAAUACAGUGAUACUGGAUGAGAUGACCCUUCGGCACAUGGUCCAAGACUGUACGGCUGUGAAAACUCAAUUACUGAAACUGAAGCGUCUGCUGCAUCAGCAUGAUGGAAGUGGCUCAGUGCAUGAUAUUCAACUCUCAUUGCCAUCCAGUCCUGAGCCAGAAGAUGGAGAUCAGAUAUAUAAGAAUGAAGAUUUAUUAAAUGAAAUAAAACAACUUAAAGAAGAAAUAAAGAAAAAAGAUGAAAAAAUUCAGCUAUUAGAACAUCAGCUUGCAACUCGUUGUAACUGUCACCAGAACUCUAAAGGCGAAAAAUGUACAUAUGCUGAUAAGUACACCCAAACACCCUGGAGAAGAACUCCUCCUCAAGUACUACAGCCUUCCAGCAGCCUUCCCAGACCCACAGACCACGCCCAGGGAAAACUAACAAGGCCACAACGUAUCGAGGCCCACAGUGAAUGUGCAAGCCAGGGUGUGCAUCAAGGUGCUGCACAUCCCGAUGGAAGCUUUCCAUGUGGCUUACAAGAAAACAACUAUGAUUUGGAAGACCGGCCUGUUUCCUUAAGCCCACACGUCAGGAUGGAUGUGGCAAAAAGUAUAUCUGACUCAAAUUUGACCAUGACCGUGAGUGCUGAAGAGCCUUCUCAUUUGGCAAAGAAUCAAAUAAUUGGUGAGAUGCAGUUUGGACCCACUUCUCUUCCGACACCUCGCCAGACGAGUACAGCAGAGCAGGCUAAGAGAGUUGGAAGAGAUCCGUCUCCGCUGGUUGGCUACUUGUCUCAGCCCAAGUCCUCACAUCUUCUAAAGCCACCCGUCUUGAGUUCUUCGGCACCUCCUCCAGACAAUGAAUCAUCUGCAAGUAGGACUCUAGGUUGUAAUAAGCCACCCAUCAUCACAGCUCAUUCAGCAAAGCUUCAGCCCACAUCUAGUCAAACAAAUCUUGCAAAUAAUCCGAAUCUGAAAGCAUCUAAGCUCCGCCCUCCUUCCAGCUCUUUCAGACAGAAACAAAUAAGCAGCCCCCGCCUCGAGCCUCAAAGCUUGCAGGCCAAGACCAGCAUCCCCAGGCCACUGGCAAGGCACAAAGAAAUCAUGCCGAAUCCAAGUGGCAGUUUGCAUUCUGGGGAUCCUUCGGCCUCUAAUCGAUAUUCUCGUCUUCCUAAACCAAAGAUACAUUAAGCACAUAGCCAAUGUCUGCCAGUUUGUGUUUUUAACAGCAGUCUGUUCUGUAAUAGCUUUAUGUGCUGUGUGCCACCACGUUGGAGGUUCCGUUGAAAGCUUGCGAAAACCUUAACAUUAAAAUGUGGAAGCUUCUACUCCUUUGGCUGAUCCAUUUUAUAUCUUGGUUCAAGUAGUACCAUUCGAGCACACUUGUCUCAGGUCUGCCUGCCCAUCUCAGAGGGCCACUGUAACAUCUGCCUGUGCUGUCCACUCUUAGCAGGCAAGACACGUGCUUUGCUGACUUAGUCCUGUCUCCGUAUUGACUGGUUAUCAGAACCCCGCCUCAGUCCACGAUGGCUACUAUUUUAGCUUACAGCAUGGUGAUAAUGGAAGAUGAUAGUCUGUAAGCAGAGUUAUGGCCAGUGUUUUGUAUAUUUGAAAGGUCUAUGCAAAAGCUUUGUGAUGAAUAAAGAUCCGGCUUUUAAUGGGAA